AUGUCAUCUGGUUCCAACUACCCAUUCGCCGGUCCUUGUGGCGAAAAUCAUCGCAACUCCCUCUCGGAUCCUUGCUAUCGUUUAUCAAAAAGUCCCUCAUUAGAGCCAAUUCCACUGUCUCCUCUCAAUGCCAUUGUGCAUUCCGCUCCUUAUACUCGUAUUUUCUCUAAUCCACGAUUACCAACACCUGGCCCCGCCAUCUCUGUUCGGUCAUCAUCAACCAGUUCCAAUACAUUAGAGGAUUCGCUUGGUCAGCAUAAGAAUGCGGCCGCCUCAAACAGUAUUUCGCACCAAUUGGAACAAAUUAUACAAACCAAUGAUCAGCUUAGGGCGCAAGUUAAUGAUCUUCUUGGCAACGUCAUUCCGAAACUAUUAACAACCUUGGCGGCCGUUCCGCUCAAUUGUGCAUCCGAUACUUUUCUCGAUGUACUCAAGGAAUUAGAUGAAACCUCGUAUCCACUUGUUACAUUCUGGCACCAUUCACAAUGGAAGACCGCUGAAAAGGAGGAAAAAGAUAAGGAAAGGGAUGACCGAGGCGAAAAGGGUCCUGGUCGUCGUGCCCUCGGCCUGAAUGUCCAAUUUCGAUAUAUAACUGACCAGAAUGGCGAUCCUGUUUCAGGCGACCGAAUUUCUGCAAUGGGCGAUUAUGGACGAUGUCUCUUCCACGAAUUUGCAGUUGCUGAACUACGGUUAUGCUUUGGUAAUUGGAAGGCGGAACGGUAUGCAAAGGCAACAUUUGCUGGAUGGUGGCAAGCUCACGGGAAGGAUUAUGUCGAUGUUCCUCGUACCAAGGUUGCAAAGACCGAAGAUGAUCCUGUUGAUGCCGAGUUAUUGACACUUACAACCGCUGUUACUUCCAUCACCAUUCCAACCCGCCCCACUUCCGGGUCCCAAGUUUGUGGCGCCAAACGAGCACGAUCGGAUUCAGUUCCCUCCCAUGGUUCCGCCUCCACAUCAAGUCAAGGGACCGCAUCAUCGAGUGGAAAUUCUAGCGAGGGAGUAGCGCCACCACCAAAGAAAAAACCAAUACAUCGCGCUUCUCAAAGACGUCUGCCAAACAUCAAUCUAUUUUCCAACAAGACUAUUGUGUCAAAUAUGCAGGCUUCUACGUCUACAAGCCGUAUCAUGGACAACGCUUUGCAACUAGUUGGCAAGGAUGCCGCUAUGGCGAGUAUCGAGACGGUUCCACGCGUUGAAGGAGCAAGAGUGGCAUAUCUACCAUCUAUAAGCAUUGCCAAUCAGGUUACUCUUCCGAGUUUACCUCAACGGCCACGUCCCGUACCGCUGGGCAAUGCGGUUCUACAGCCUAAGCCUUCUUCCCCAGAGUCUUCUCAACAGCUGGGGUCCGCCGCUGGGUCCCCUGACUCACCUUCACAAUCACCAUCCAUCCCUUUCCAGGACGCACCUUCUCAACCGGGGUCCGGCGCCUCUUCAACACAAUGGUCUCGACCAGCCACGCCCACCUCUUUCCACAACUCACCUCCACAACCAUUGUCCACUUCCUCGUUGCAACCAUCGCUUCCAGUGGAACCAGUCCCUUUCCCCAACUCACCUCUGCAACCCGAGUCCACCUCGGCAUCCAAGCCAUCUCAGCCAGCGGAGCCCGGGUGCAAUACUUUCUCCAACUCACCUUCACAACCGGAGUCAGCCACCUUCCUGGACUCACCUCCACAACCGGAGCAGGCCUCCUUCCUGGACUCACCUCCACAACCGGAGCAGGCCUCCUUCCUGGACUCACCUCCACCGUCGCAAGAGACUGCCUCUCCUCCAAACUUAUCUUCGCCGCGGCCAACAGGUGGAUUGGUUAUCGCCUCUUCCACCCAACCCGUGGAGUCGGAUGUAAAUGCCAUUAUUACGGUUUCGGAACCUUCAAGUUCUACAGCCGAGCCAAACGACAUGGACAUGGCUCCGCUACCAUCUCCCCCAAGACCAGGGCCUUCCCGCAUGGCAAAAUCAAAUGGAAAGCCUUAUAAGAUCCGCCGACCAAUCCUCCGUGAAAUAAAGAAUCCCAACAAGGUUCUCAAAUGUGGCACAAGUGGAACGCCUACCGAACUUUGUAAGGCUUAUUAUAUUGAGAUUCACGGUCAGGACGCCACACAAGGAGCAUUCUACCAGUGGCUGGCCAACAUCGACCAAGAUCUAUGGGAAUCGUUUGUUAAGAAGGCAAAGAAAGCAACUUAG